CAGGGAUUCUUCGCCAUCCAGCUACUUCUCUUUUCUCCCCUCUUCUCUCUGUUGUGCAUACAUUCCCACACACUCGCAGAUCCCUUGUACAGACCCCCCCUAAAAAAACUCCCCACCGGGCUACUUCAUAUACCUCCCUCCCCUCCCCAUCGCACUCUUCAUCCCCCGCCACCCUUCAACGUCACACUCCGCCCUAGCCAGCCCUCCGCUGAUCAUACAAGAACACCUCGCUCGUUUUGUAAUGGCCAAGAGCAAGACCGUAGAGAUCGAAGAGGAAACUCCCUUCCACACUUUGUCUGUCGAGCAAGUCGCUGAGCAUUUCUCCACCAAUAUCUUCGAGGGACUGAGCUCCCAGGAAGCUGCCGAGCGACUCAAGAAAUAUGGCAACAAUGCGCUCCAAGGAAGCGGAGGCGUGAAGUGGUACAAGGUGCUCUGGCGCCAAGUCGCCAACGUCCUUGUCGUUAUUCUUCUGAUUGCAACUAUCUUAUCGUUUGCGACCAAGGACUGGGCAGAAGGCGCUGUCAUCCUGGUGAUCAUCAUCAUGAACGCCGCUAUCGGUUUUUGGCAAGAAUACAAUGCCGAGCAGACCAUGGAAGCUCUUCGAAACAUGUCCUCGCCCACGGCCAAGGUCAUCCGCAACGAAUCAAGAACCACGAUCCCGAACAACCAAGCGGUGCCCGGGGACAUCAUGAUCUUCGAGGACGGAGACGUCAUUGGUGCCGACUGCCGUCUCUUCGAGAUCUUCAACUUGGAAACCGACGAGGCCCUUCUCACUGGCGAGUCUCUGCCUGUGCAAAAGAACCUCGACUCUAUCGAGGAUGUAGAGCAGCCGCUGGGCGAUCGUCUCAACAUGGUGUUCUCCUCCACAACCGUCGUCAAGGGCCGCGCCAAGGGUAUCGUCACCUGUACUGGUAUGAGGACCCAGAUCGGACGGAUCGCUACCAGUCUCAUGGAGGUCGGGGGUAAUGAGACUACGCCAUUGCAGAAGCGAUUGAACAAGAUGGCCUACUACAUUUUCUUGGCAGCCGUCAUUCUCGUCGUCGUCGUGUUUGCUGUCCACAAGUUCGAGUACAACAAUGAGAUUGCGAUCUAUGCGAUCUCUGUUGCCAUUGCCAUGAUUCCCGAGGGACUUGUCGCCGUCGUUACUUUGACUAUGGCUUUUGGUGUCAGUCGAAUGGCUGAAGUCAAGGCUAUCGUCCGACGACUCUCCAGUCUCGAGAGUCUGGGCGCUGUUACCAACAUCUGUUCUGACAAGACCGGUACCUUGACUCAGUCCAAGAUGGUGGCUGUUCGUAUGUGGCUCCCUGGUGAUGGUUUCUACCGCGUCACCGGCACUGGAUUCAAUCCAGAGGGUGAUAUCUACCAGCAAGGCGAGCAGGCAGCUCCUGGUGGGAAUCCCGAGCAAGAGCACCUUGUCGAGAACGGCAUCGGAUCCGGCCACUUUCUUCGAACUCUCCAGGCUGCUUCUCUUUGCAACAUGGCCGAACUCCGCAAGAUGACACACCCUGAAAACCGUGGCGAAUGGUCCGCUAUCGGCGACCCUACUGAGAUUGCACUCCAGGUCCUCUCCUACAAGGCUGGACUUGCCAAGCCCGACCUAGUCAGUCAAGGUUUCAAGCUCGUGGCCGAAUUCCCCUUUGAUUCCUCUGUUAAACGCAUGUCGGUCCUGUACCAGAGCCCUAAUAGGCAGGAUGGUCCUGGCGAAUACUUUAUUUUCUUGAAGGGUGCCACCGAACGUGUCCUUGGCUGCUGCACGCACUGGCUGGAUGGAGAUACGGAGCGCAGCAUGACCGGAGACAAGGGAGGUAUCGAUCGCGAGGAAUUUGAAGCCAUGAUCACGGAGAAGAUGGAUAUUCUCGCCGAGCAAGGGUUGCGCGUUCUGACUCUCGCCUACCGUCGUUUCGAGCCGGAGGCUGGUGUUGACCUUGUCCACGACUUGGUUCGUGAUCAGGUUGAGCAGGAUAUGAUUUUCCUUGGACUGGUUGGAAUCUACGACCCCCCACGCGCUGAGUCACGUCCAGCUGUGCUUCAAUGCUAUGACGCUGGAAUUCGUGUCCAUAUGCUGACGGGUGACCACCCAUCCACCGCUGCUGCUAUCGCCAAGGAGGUUGCCAUCAUCCCUGCUGAUGUCCCCGUCAAGAACAACCCUUUGAUCAUGACCGCCGGACAGUUUGAUUCUAUGACAGACCAAGAAGUUGACGAACUAGAGGAACUCCCUCGCGUGGUCGCCCGUUGCUCGCCCAACACAAAGGUCAAGAUGAUUGCGGCACUCCACCGUCGUAAGCUGUUUGCGGCCAUGACUGGUGAUGGUGUGAACGAUUCGCCCUCGCUUAAAGCUGCAGAUGUUGGAAUUGCAAUGGGCCAGUCUGGGUCGGAUGUUGCCAAGCAAGCUGCUGAUAUUGUCUUGACAGACGAUAAUUUUGCUACCAUUGUGCACGCUGUCGCUGAAGGUCGUCGUAUCUUUGCCAACAUCCAAAAGUUUAUCUCGCAUCUUAUGUCUACGAAUGUGGCCGAAAUCGUGGUUUUGAUCGUCGGCCUCGCCUUCAAGGACAAUGAAGGUAGUGCUGUCUUCCCCAUGAGCGCUGUCCAGAUUCUGUUUCUGAACAUGAUCACAUCUUCGCCUCCAGCCAUGGGACUCGGCCUCGAGCCCGCAAGUGAGUCCAACAUGCGCGAGCCCCCACGAUCAGCAAAGCAAGGGCUGUUCUCGUUUGAAGUCGUCCUGGAUACCUUUGUGUAUGGCCUUACCAUGGGAGCGCUGUGUUUUGCGGCAUUCUGCACAGUGAUCUUUGGACUCAAUGGCGGCAAUUUGGGACAGGGCUGUAACGCUGAAUACUCGAGCGCCUGCGAGGGCGUCUUCAAGGCACGUGCGACCGCUUAUGCCUGCUUGACCUUCCUGCUCUUGGCUCAUGCUGUGAAUUGCAGGAGCAUGCGCUCCAGCAGCUGGUCGAUCAAGAACCUCAAGACAUUGCGUCUGAACAAGAUGCUCUGGAUGUCCAUCGUGAUUGGCUCUCUUGUUGUCUUUCCCUGUAUCUACAUUCCGGGCCUGAACCAUGAUGUCUUCAAGCACACCGGCAUCAGCUACGAGUGGGGCCUUGUGGCCGCAGCCUUAGUUAUUUUUAUCAUCGUCUCCGAUCUGUACAAGUUUAUCAAGCGCAGAACUAUGAAGCCGCUCUCAGUCAGGGCCAACUCUGAGCUUGAGAUGGAGCGUAUGAGAACCUUUAUGUCACAGCACACCCAAAACGACUCUGUCAUGGAAACCAAGCCCUAGGAGUGUUUUUUUUUGCUAUUCUUUUAUGAAGCGGAGCAACCGGAUUACCCCUAAAUGCAUGUACAAUAGUUUUAUACCGAAAUAAAUCAGAAACCAAGCAUAUUAUAUUGGGCCUUCAUAAUAGCCUACCGAUGAGAGACGGAAGGGCGUUUUCAUGAUUCCCUGGUAAAUUAACAUGGAUACUCAAUACGCCAUGCCUGCCCCAUUGAGCAUAGUCCGGCACUGAGGGGUAUCGUCCGGCCCAUCCUAUCUCAUACAUCCAUCCUCUCUUUCUCUCUCUCUCUCUCUCCUCGGACCAACGGCUUUCGGUAUUGAAUAAGCA